AUGACAGAAGCCAGUCGGGACGGUAAUCGUGAACAAUCAAAUCUUGAAGGAAAUGAUAUUAUAAGGCAGCUUUUUUCAAGGAUAAACGCAUUAUCGAAUGCAAUAUCACCACGACCAAAUCAAGCCAACACAGUCGAGUCAGAGGUAAGACAUACUUUUACAAGCAAUAAUACCAGCAGAACUACUGGCGGAGAAACAAACUCAAACGGACCGCCAGUUUCAAGUUCUGUGAACGAAUGGUCGACUAGUCGAUACAGACCAUAUUCAGUCAGGCAAUAUUUUCCGGGCCAGCGUCCUUCGCCCUCUGCUCGUAGAGAAGGAAAACGAAAGGGGAACAACAAAUUUAUGUGAGAUUUUGGUUUUGCUAAGUGGCCCAGGUGACGAUGUGGUACCCCGGCAAGGAACUUGUUUAGCUCUAGACGAAAGGGGGCAUGUUAUUUUUGGCUGCAGAUUUACCAAAAGUCAGUCAAUGAUUGAAGUGGAACGAGUGAUAAUCGAGGCAUUUGAUGAUGAAAUUCUAUCUGGGGGCUCAUUCCCCCAGAAAAUCUGUCUUUUAAGCUGUCUAAAUGUAUCCUACUUUAUUUUUUACUUUAUUAAGGUGGUCUUAUACACUAAAAACAAUUUUUUUUGUUUAACUAUUUUUCAAUCAUAUUUAAGUCAAAUAUGAUUGAGGACGUUUGACUGAUACAGAAUCAGUUACUUUUACAUUUUGUUUUGCCAUAGUAACUUAGAAAUGGCUGCCGGUAGGGUAAAAUAUAGGGCUUGCGCCAAAAAAGAUUCAAACCGAACGAAACUACAGGGAAUCUCAAACAAAGUUUUAUUCGGCACCUAAAAGGUUGGUCUGUGAUUUGAACCUAAAAAAACCAGAGUUUAAAGUUUAAAACCUCCAUAGUUAUCUUUUCCAUAAGCAUACGAUAAAAAGGCUCCAAUAAAGCGUUCUUUUCGCCGGAUAUAAUCCCUGUGCGUAAGUGUUUUUAGGUUCAAAUCUUGGUUCGUUCAAUGAUGUAUAAACACUAAAAAUUUUAGGCGAAUUGAUUCAGUACUAAAUUCAGGAGAAUUUUUGAAAGCGCGUGAGAAGCUCUUCAAGAAAACUGACUUUAAAGGUUUUGCAUGCAUUAGAAUAACUUAAAUAGAACAAUGCCAUUAAAAAGGGACACAAUAGAGUAAACCAAUUGCAUACCAUUAUAUGCUCUGGGUAAAAUCAUGGUUUUACCCUGACUGGUGUAGAUUAAACCGGAUUUCUCGCGUUUUGAUAUACUUUCAUGGUUUAAAACCAGCGGAUGUUAUGAAGAACAGUGUAAUAAACAUGUUUUUGUAUUUUUGUAAAAUUGGCAAAUCUUGAAAUUUUUUUGUAUAAGACCACCUUAAGCACUCUCAUUUUAAAAUGUCUAGUACCAAAUCUUCUGGCUUCAUGUUUUUUUAGAUGAUGAUUUUCAUCUAAUAUCAAUGUACACUCCUGAGCUUCCCAAGAUAGUCACCGUGCAUCGUUGUACAAUCUGUAAGGAUCUAAUUAACCUAUUCACAGAUCCUAAUAUUCUAAACUGCAACCUUGAUGUGGUUGUGAUUGAUCCAUGUGGUGUACCUGAAUUAGGAAAAGGCAAAGGUGUCAUACUGGACGUUUCAACUCACUUUCGGCAGGAGUGUUUUAUUUCCGUAGCUGUAGGAAGGAGGGAGAAAACGCCAUUCAUCAGGCAUGACAUGCAGAAGCGUGAAUGGGAAGCAAUUGCCCGCAUCCUUGUUUAUGGUAUAUACAUAUUAUCCACUUCAACUUUCUUUAUUGUUCAUUGCAUCAUGCUUGUUCGGUGAAGAAAGUAUCACUUUGGAAUUUCUGCUUGCAUCCUUCAAAGAAUACAUUCCAGCUGAAGACCAAGAGGUUUUGGAGGAGUGUUUUGGUGACAGUUUUGAUAAAGACAAUAAGGAAGUAACCGACUUUAUGUCCUCUUUUAAAUGCUUUAGAGCAGUGUCAAGAGAAAACAUCCAAGAAGUGAUUUAUGAAUUGGCACACCAAGAGCUGAUACAGAAACCUAGGUAUAUAAGCAACUGUUGGGCUCCCCUACUACGUACACUGCAGCAACACUCAGAUUUCCAGACCUUUGAGAGUCUCAAAGACUUCUACAAGAGCAAGUCCCCAACAGCAAAGAAAAUUAUAAGGUUAUUUCAAGCUGAGCCUUCCAAUGAUGCGGAACAAUCUAGACCAUCUAAAGCGAUUUGUCAAGUCCCGGGAAGGAAGUGUACCGUCAAAGUUUUCGCAUUUCUCCACAGGAAGUGA